UGUAUGAAUGUAUUUCUUUUUUUCUUGGUCUCGCAACAGCUUGUACAAGCGUAUAAUUGUGCACCAAUAUUUGAUGUGAUGGCCUCCCACCUUUCUGGUCUAAAAGACCAUCGCCAUAUAAUUUUUGGACUGCGAUUUUUUUUGGUUUCAACAGGUUGCGAGUUGCGACGACCCUCUUAGAUUUGGGCCCAUGAACCGGAACCGGAAUGAAAGUUCAAGUUCUUGUUCUCGAUCUUGAUCUAAUUAAAUUGGGUUUUUGUUAGCUAUGAAUUUGGGGAGUGAAUGAAUCUGUGGAUGAUAAUCACGCUAUUCAGCAUCAGUUGCUGAUGGUGGCUUUAGUGUUGAAAGAGAGAGUAUGGAAUAACAGGUCACCCGGUCAACAUUUUCAACCGUUAGAUUUCAGACUUGAUAUCCAACGGUCCAUAAUAAGCUGACGUGCCCAAGCAUGGCAAGCUCGGAGCAUGGAAGAAUUUUCGGUCCGAAACCUAAAAAAUCUUUGAACGGAGACGUCUAGUGCUUCCACGACAAACACAUCGCCGUUUUGAAAGCUUUGCUCUCUCUGUUUGUGGUUUGCCGCCCUUCUCUGCCGUUUCGCGCCGCCAUAGCCGAAGAGCCCAUCUCUGUCUCUCUCUCUGAAAUUGAAGCAUUGUUGUGUGAAAGAUGAGUUUGAUAUUGCAGAAUAUCCCCUCGGCUUUUAAAUCCAACAAGAGCAAAAGGGAGGUUCCCGAUGAGCCUGCGUUUAUGCAAGCGAAUGAUGAGAAUGGAGAUGGCAAAGAAAUGAGUUUGGAUGUUAUGAGGGUGGACAAGAGAAAGAAACAGCGCAAUGAAGUUGAUGAGAAAGACGCGGUGGAGCAAGAGAAGGAAAUGAAGAAGCUGGAGAGCUUUUUGUUUGGAAGCAUUCAUGCGCCAGUGGAGUUUGGGAAGGAGGAUGAGGAUGAAGCGGGAGAUGCAGUGGAUAACGGCUCUUCUUUGUUCUUUGUGGAUCGUUCUGCAAAUAAUGUGCUUUCUGUUGAUGAAGAUGAUGGAGAAGUAUUGGAAGAGGAAACUAAGCAAAGGAAAGCUGUCUGGGAGGAUGAUGAAGAGGCAAAGGCCAACGUGAAUAUUGCCAGAGUUAACAGAUUAAGGAAGCUGAGGAAGGAAGAGGAUGAGAGUUUGAUUUCUGGUUCUGAGUAUGUUUCAAGAUUGAGGGCUCAACAUGUUAAGCUGAACCCAGGAACGGAGUGGGCUCAACUUGAUUCAGAGCCAAGGAACAAUAUAUAUUCGGACGAUGAAUCAUCAGAUGAUGAAGAUAGGGCAGUAGUGGCCCGUGGCUACAAGGAUGUUGGAGCUGUUGAUGAUCUCCUUCGAACAAAUGAGGAUCUUGUUGUGAAGAGCAGUUCAAAACUGUUGCCUGGGCUUCUUGAAUAUUCAAUACUGACAGAUGCUAACGCAGAGGAACCUUCUAAUGGUCCUAUAAAUUCGGUGCAGUUUCAUAGAAAUGCUCAGUUGCUUCUGACUGCUGGAUUGGAUCGAAGGCUUAGGUUUUUCCAAAUUGAUGGAAAACGGAAUGCUAAAAUUGAAAGCAUAUUCAUCGAUGACUGUCCAAUUCGGAAGGCAGCCUUCUUGCCUGAUGGCUCUCAGGUUAUUAUAGCUGGAAGGAGGAAGUUCUUUUACAGCUUUGAUUUAGUGAAGGCCAAAGUUGAUAGAAUAGGACCCCUUGUUGGUAGAGAGGAAAAAAGCUUGGAAGUUUUUGAGGUUUCCCCUGAUUCUAGUACAAUUGCCUUUGUGGGCAAUGAAGGAUAUAUCUUGUUGGUUUCCUCUAAAACAAAGGAAUUGAUUGGGACACUGAAGAUGAAUGGAACUGCUCGUUCUUUAGCUUUUUCUGAAGAUGGGAAGCAAUUAUUGAGUUCUGGCGGAGAUGGACAGAUUUACCACUGGGAUUUGAGAACAGGAGCUUGCUUCCAUAAGGCUGUUGAUGAAGGUUGUAUAAAUGGCACUGCUCUGUGUACAUCUCCAAAUGGAAAACUGUUUGCUGCUGGUUCAGACAGUGGGAUUGUCAAUAUCUACAACAGAGAGGAGUUCUUAGGGGGCAAGAGAAAACCCAUCAAGACAGUCGAAAAUCUCACAACCAAAGUAGAUUUUCUCAAGUUCAAUACUGAUUCUCAAAUACUGGCUAUUUGUUCGAGCAUGAAGAAGAACAGCUUGAAGUUGGUGCAUGUUCCAUCAUUGACUGUGUUCUCUAACUGGCCUCCGCAAAAGAAGACCCUGCACUAUCCCCGGUGUUUGGACUUCAGUCCUGGUGGAGGUUUCAUGGCCAUGGGAAAUGCUGCUGGAAAAGUGUUGCUGUACAAGUUGCAUCACUACCAUGAUGCAUAGGGUGAAUGUUGUGAAAGGUUCCUUGGCAGAUUCAGUCUUACUUUUCUUUGUAUUGUUGUAGUCUUGGUCUUGGGGUUUUCCUUGUUUACAAGAAAACACCUGUAGUUUAGACCCAGAAUGCUCUUUUUUUCUUUUCUUUUUUCAUCCUUUUAAUUAAUGUUGCCCCAAUUUUGAAUUAAUGUUUUCGAUCUCCUCAUCCCUUACUGGCAAGGAAUCCACAGGUUUUAUUUAAUUUUCAUGAGGGAUACAUUUGUGAUCA